AUGGCAGAGCCGCCGCCGCCGCCGUCGCAGUCGCCGGCGCAGACGCCACCGCCCCCGCAGCAGCAGACACCUGCGGUAUCCGUGCGCGACGACAUGAUGGCGUGCGUGGCUGCGCUGGAGGCGGCGCUGCUGCCGUGCCUCCCCGCGCGCGAGCUGCAGGCCGUCGACCGCUCCCUCCAGUCCUCCCACCAGAUUGAUGUUGAGAGGCAUGCGAGGGAUUUCAUGGAGGCUGCCAAGAAGCUUCAGUCUUACUUCAUCAGCCUGCAGCGCGAGGACCAACCGACGACGGAAGAAAUGCUUCAGAAGGAAAUUGCUACAAUGGAAGAAGAACUGAAGACCAAGUCUGAGCUCAUUGCCAAGCAUAAGAAGCUCAUCGAAGGGUGGCAGAAAGAACUGAAGGACCAGCUGGGCAAGCACAACACCGAGCUCGAAAGAGUGUGACUCUGCCAUGUACAUUCCGAUUUCGUCGACAGUGACCAUGAAUCAUACCUGGCCAAAUGUUAAGUCAUCCCUAGAGAAGUUGUGUCAAUCAAGGCUACCCACCGUAACUGAUGUGUAGGAUCUAACCAGUUAACUGUUGUCUUCCUUUUGGCUAGAAAUUGUUCUUCAAUGACUUUGUUUUCAAUUACCCCAACAAAUCGCCCUGGAUCAACAUGCGUCUGUCUACUUCUCUGAAAAAAUAUGGAUGGUGUACACUUUCUCGUUCACUUGAUUAUGAAACAUGUAUGAUUUAUCUA